AUGGAAUUUUUGGGGGUGAAACAUAAGGGGGAUGUUACUGAGGUGGUAAAAAGAAUUGAGGCAUUGGAUAAUCAAGCUGUAUUGAGAAAAGAGGAUUGGAAUGAUGGAGAGUGGAUUAUCGGAGGUGAUUUUAAUGCUAUUAAGGAUAGGAGUGAGAGGAAGGGAAGAGGGGCUGCUUCCAAUAGUCAAGAUGUCAUUGGCUUUGCGGAUUUCAUAGAAGAGUCAAGAUUGGUAGAUGUACUGUGUAAAGGCAAAAAGUUUACUUGGUAUUGUAGAGAUGGUAGAUCGAUGAGUAGAAUCGAUAGGUUUCUUGUGUCAGAAAAAGUGGUGAAUGAUUGGGGUGUAGUAGGCCAAAUGGUGGGGGAGAGAGACGUUUCGGAUCAUUGUCCGAUUUGGUUGGAAAUGGACCAGAACAAUUGGGGUCCUAAACCAUUUAAAUUCAACAACGAAUGGUUUUCUUGCGAUUCUUUUUACGCCUUUGUGGAAAAGGAAUGGAAGAGAUUUAGGGUAGAGGGAAGAGGGGAUUAUGUUUUGAAACAAAAGCUUUAUUUACUCAAAGGAAGUCUUAAAAGGUGGAAUAAAGAGGUUUUCAGUAGGUUGGAUUUGGAGAUUCAAGACGAAGUUAGAGAUAUUAAUAACGGUGAUGUUUUGUUGGAAGCGGAAGAGAAGGUUAUUAACCCGGAAAUCUUGUUCAAUAGGAAGGAAGCUACAAGUCGUUUUUGGACGAAAUUGAGGAUUAAAGAAAACAUGUUAGUUCAAAAAGCAAACUUGAAGUGGUUGAAUGAAGGUGAUUCUAAUAGUGGGUUCUUUCACAAAGUUAUGAAGGAGAAGAGAAUAUUUAACCACAUCGGGCCUUUUAGCACUUCGGAAGGUAUGGUUGAAUCGGUUAAGGAUAUUAAAGAUUUCGUUGCUCAUCAUUUUUCUAAGAAGUUUGAAGAGGAGGAAGGAGUGGUGCCAACGUUAGAUGGUAUUCUUUUCGACAAAAUUAGUGAUGAGGAUAGGAUUUGGCUUGAAAGACCUUUUCAAGAGGAAGAAAUAAAUGAGGCGUUAAAGUGUUGUGGAGGAGCUAAAAGUCCGGGGCCGGGUAGGCAAUUGCUCGAUGGUGUUUUGGUGGCUAAUGAAGUGGUGGAUCUCGCUAGAAAGGAAGGUAUGUCUUGUUUUCUCUUUAAGGUUGAUUUUGAAAAGGCUUACGACAAAAUCUCUUGGGAGUUUUUGCGUGGUAUGUUGGUUAAGAUGGGAUUUGGAGACAAAUGGAGGAAAUGGAUGGAAUUGUUGGUUUUUAAAAGAGAUAUGUCGGUAGUGGUUAACGGGAGUCCUUCCAUCGAGUUUGUGGUUAAAAGAGGUUUAAGGCAAGGUGACUCAUUAUCUCCCUUUCUUUUUGUUCUUGUGGCGGAGGCCCUUUCUAGAUUGGUUAGGAAAUCUAUUGAAAUUGGCGAAUAUAAGGGUUUACUUUUAAAAAGGAGGUGUGCCGUGGACAUUCUCCAAUUUGUGGAUGAUACUUUAUUGUUUGGUCAAGGGUCUUGGAAACAUAUAAAGGCUUUAAAAAUUGUGUUGAGAGCCUUUGAGCUAGUUUCGGGUCUAGGCAUUAAUUUCCACAAAAGCAAGUUGAUAGGGAUUAAUAUUUCGUCACAAUUCUUGGAGGCCGCUUCUUUGUAUCUCUCUUGCAAGAUAGAAGAUAGCAACUUUAUUUUUCUUGGGAUACCAAUUGGUUUUAAUCCUAGGAAGGAGGCUACAUGGCUCCCUCUUUUGGAUAAGAUGAGAAAGCGAUUAAAGGGGUGGAGUCAUCGUUAUCUUAAUCUUGGUGGAAGGAUUACCCUUUUGAAAUCUAUUUUGAGCUCACUAACUAUUUUUUCCAUGUCUUUUUAUAUGAUGCCGGUUAAAGUGGGAGGAAUAGCCAUCAAAGACAUUAAAGAUUUCAACUUUGCUCUUUUGAACAAGUGGAAAUGGAGGAUAGCUCAAGGAGGAGGAUUUUUGUGGCACGAGGUGUUGAAGGCGCGUUAUGGUGAUGUGAGUAUUCUUGAUUUUACCGGUGGUGAUUCCUCCAAGCUUACUUCUUCAUCCUUUUGGUGGCGAGACUUAUUAAAGGUUGGUUUUUCCUCUUCGUUCAUUAACGAACCUUUUUCUUCCAAUUGUCGUUUUAUUGUGGGCAAUGGGUUUACUACACCGUUUUGGGAAGUGGCGUGGUUAAAUAAUUCUAUCUUGAGGGAGGAUUUUCUGGAACUUUUUGAGAUUUCUUCUCUUAAAAAAGUGUCUGUAGCGGCUUUGGGAGGAUGGAGAGAAGAGGAAUGGAUUUGGGGUGAUUUAGGAAUUUCGGGGGUGGAGGCCGAGCAAGCGGGUUUGGAAUCUAAGUUGGCGGUGUUACGGUCCCUUUUAGAGAAUUUUGGGGGGUUGAAGGAAGAUAAAGAUUCCGUGUGUUGGUUACUUGAUUCGGAAAAAGCUUUUACGGUUUCUUCGUGUUAUAACCGGUAUGCUUCACUUCGAACACCUUUCGGUCCCAUUAAAAGGAAUGAGGAGGCUUUGGAAAUUGUUUGGAAAAUGGAGGUUCCUUAUAAGAUCAAAGCUUUUGCUUGGAUGCUUUUUGUGAAUAGGCUCCCCACUAAAGAUCUUUUAGUGUAUAGAGAAUCGGUGACUGGUUUGGAUUACAAAAUCGUGAAGUUGAAAAUGGAUCGUGAACUUCAAUUUGAAGCUGCUAUUUAUUAUUGGAUCUGUGUCAAAGAGAAGUUGGCUUUUGUAGGUAAGGCUGGAAAAAUGGUGAAGGUUUUUGAUGAGAUUUGGCGGAAGUUUUGA